AUGGCCAGCCAGGAGCUUAGCCUGAAGCUGCAUCAGAAGCUGAGGCUGGAGCAGGAGGCAGAGGUCAUCGGGAUUCCGCAGCAAAAUGGCUUAUAUGCGGUGCCCGCGCCGGCCUGGCCCUGUGGCUCCCCGAGCCGGGGAAACAAGCUGCCCGCUAAGGAGCUCAUGGCCAAAGUGGGCGCCGAGCUUAAGGAGCAGCUGAACCGGCGUCAGGGCAUGCACAAGGGAACGGCGCGGCUCCCGCCCAUCAAGGUCUUCAAGCUCUACACCGAGUUUCCCGAGUUCAGCCACCGCCAGAUCAAGGACAUGGAGAGCCUCUUCCGAAGGUAUGACUCUGGGAAGGAUGGCUACAUCGACCUGAUGCAACUGAAGCUGAUGAUGGAGAAGCUGGGGGCCCCCCAGACGCACUUGGGCUUAAAGGAAAUGAUCAGGAAGGUGGAUGAGGACCUGGACAGCAAGCUCAGUUUUCGGGAGUUUUUGCUGAUUUUCAGCAAAGCAGCCUCAGGGGGACUGGGGUCAGAGAUCACCUUGAUGUCCCUGGCCAAGCUCUCCGAGAUCAAUGUGGCCAUAGAAGGUGUGAAAGGAGCCAAGAAUUUUUUCGAAGCCAAGGACUAUGCCCUGUCCAUGACCAGCCGAUUUGAAGCUGAGAUCAAAGCAGAGCAGAAUGCCCGAAAACAGGAGGCAGAGGACAGAAAACAGCGGAGGGCUCUCUUCAGAGAACGCCGAGCUGCCUUCUCCCAGUAGCUCCAGCUAGGCUGGAGUGUACUCAGAGACUUGCCUUGACUUCUACCAGCUGUACAAUACAAAUGGCCAGCACCUGGUCUCCCAAGCAGGACCCAUCUCUCAUUGGAUGUCCCUGGUCCCCAGCUCUGGUGAUCUUUCUUCUUAAGCUUCCUGCCAGUUGUGCCUGGAAGGGUAACUGGUAAUCCUAAAACCUGAGGAAACAGCAAGGAAGGUCAAAUGGAAAGAGAAUUCUGUAAUAAAAGGAAACGAUUCCAUUUCUUACCCAAACACUGUUCUUCUAGCCUUUGAAUGUUUCCAGGAUUUUGCCAUUUUCUUGGUGACUUUUAUUAUCCCUGUUUCCUCCCCUUUGGCCCAACCUUUCAUGGAGGUCAUUUGGCCAGAGGUAGAGCUCUGCCAUUCUCCUGCAUUCCCAGUUUCAGACUGAUUGCAUUUUUCAAGUGCACUCAUUGGAGGUCUACACUGUUGGCUUUGAUUUAGAUUCUCCCCUUCUUCCAUCAACUGCCACAAAAGUGGCAAGGGUUAGCUGUAAU